AGCGAGCUGAUUCACCUCCACGCUCUCAGAUUGGCUGAGCUCUCUCACAACUCAGGUCUGUUCUUUAGGAAACUUUCCCCCUCGAACACACUUUUCAGACGUCACCCACCGAGAGGACCGGACCCAGCCUCUCUCCAGUGCCCGCUCCGUGCGCCAUGGAGGAUUAAACUGUCCCUGCUUCUUCAAAUGGGGAUUUACUGGCGCGCGUAAAACUUUGCCUCACUUUUUCUCGCAAAGGGAUUCUCUGGAUCCGUCCACGCACAGACAACAUGCCGGAGCGGAUCAGCAUUUCCGACUUUGUGGUUCUGACGAACGAGGAUCUGUCUUCACCGGGGACCUCCAGCUUCCAGUCGAAGAUGAGCGACUGUCGCAGCACGGUGUCCACCGUGGAGGAGUCUCUGGAGAUGGACCACACGACUCUGCAGAAGAUGAAGAAGAUGAUCAAAGCUAUUCACACAUCUGGACUCUCCCACGUGGAAAACAAAGAGCAGUACACCGAGGUGCUGGAGAACCUGGGGAACAGCCACCUGACCCAGGACAACAACGAGGUCUCCACAGGCUUCCUCAACCUGGCUGUGUUCACCAGAGAGGUCACCGCCCUCUUCAAAAACCUGGUUCAAAACCUCAACAACAUCAUGGCUUUUCCUCUGGAGAACGUUCUGAAGUCCGAGCUCCGCGACAGCAGAAUAGAGCUCAAGAAGCAGAUGGAGAAGAGCUGGAAGGACUACGACAUCAAAAUAGGGAAGUUGGAGAAGGAGCGCAAGGAGAAGACCAGGCAGCUGGGGCUGAUCAGGACGGAGGGAUCAGACGGCGGGGAGGACAUGGAGAGAGAGAGGAGGUCCUUUCAGCUGCAAAUGUGUGAGUAUCUUCUGAAGAUCCAGGAGCUGAAGGUGCGUCAGGGUCCUGAUCUGCUCCAGAGCCUCGUCAAAUAUUUCCAGGCGCAGCUCAGUUUCUUUCAGGACGGCCUGAAAGCUGCCGAGAAUCUCGCUCCCUUCAUCGAGAAGCUGGCCGCCUCCGUGCACACGGUGCGUCUGGACCAGGACGAGGAAGUAAAACAACUCACUCAGUUGAGGGAUUCUCUCAGAUUACUUCUCCAAGUGGAGGGGAAAGAGGAGUAUCUGAACAGGAAGAACUCUGGCAACGGAUACAGCAUCCACCAGCCACAGGGCAACAAAACGUAUGGGACGGAGAAAUCGGGUUUUCUUCUCAAGAAGAGUGACGGGAUCAGGAAGGUCUGGCAGAAGAGAAAGUGCGGCGUCAAAUUCGGCUGCCUGACGAUUUCCCACAGCACGAUCAAUCGCCCUCCCGCCAAGCUGAACCUCCUGACCUGUCAGGUGCGGCCCAACCCAGAGGACAGGAGGACCUUUGACCUGGUCACUCAUAAUCGGACGUACCAUUUCCAGGCAGAAGACGAGCAGGAAUGUUUAAUCUGGGUGUCAGUGCUGCAGAACAGUAAGGAGGAGGCCCUGAACACGGCGCUCGGAGGAGACCAGCUCCACCUCCAGGACAGCGGGCUGCAGGACCUGUCCCGAGCCAUCAUCGCCGAGCUGCGGCACAUGCCUGGCAAUGAGGGCUGUGCCGACUGCGGAGCUCCAGAUCCAACAUGGCUGUCCACGAAUCUGGGCAUCCUGACCUGUAUCGAGUGCUCCGGGAUCCACAGAGAGCUGGGUGUCCACUACUCCAGGAUCCAGUCUCUCACUCUGGACCUGCUGAGCACCUCUGAGCUCCUGUUGGCCGUCAGCAUUGGCAACACCAGAUUCAACGACAUCAUGGAGGCGGGCCUUCCAAACGACUCCGUCAAACCGCUGCCAAUAAGUGACAUGAACGCCAGAAAGGAGUACAUCGUGUCCAAAUACGCCGAGCGGCGCUACGUCCUGCGUCGGGAGGAAGCCGAGCCCGGCCGGCUGCACGACGCCGUGAAGGGUCGUGACCUCACCACUCUGCUUCAGCUCUACGCCGAGGGAGCGGACCUGGCCAAACCGCACACGCCCCCCGACGGACAGGGGAUCAAAGAGACGGCCCUUCAUCUGGCCGUGCGUCUGGAGGAGAGGAGCUCUCUGUCGCUGGUGGAUUUCCUUUGUCAGAACAGCACCUGUCUGGAGAAGAGGACAGCAGAAGGGAACACGGCUCUGCAUUACAGCGUCCUGCACCACAAGCCCGAGUCUCUCAAGUUGCUGCUCAAAGCAAAGGCAGCUCUACACACAGUGAAUUCAGCAGGAGAGACGGCCCUCGAUAUCGCUCGGAGGCUGCAGCACCUACAAUGCGUCGACCUGUUGGAGCUGGCCCAGAGUGGGAAGUUCAACUCUCAGAUCCAUGUGGAGUUCAUGUGGGAGACUCAGUCUCAGGAGCUGUAUGACAGUGAGGAUGACCUGGAUGAGAGGGUGAGCCCGUUGCCCAAAAAUCGAUCUCCGAAUGGAGGCGGUGGAACCUCCUUCUCCCGCUGGAGUCUGGCCUACACGAGUACAGGCAGCCGGCCUUGUCAGACCUACGAGAAUCUCGACUUCCUGUACAAAAAUCCACCUGCCAACAGUGCCCCCUCUGGAGCAUCAGGGCCUCCACCGCUGCCAGUGAAGUCCAUCCAGAGAGGUCGCUCAGACCCCCAGAUCUCGGUCACAACACAGGAGGGAAACGGCAUCCUGAGACGCUGCUCUAACCCGGCUUACCAAUCCACAAGUCCCCAGAUGCAGGCGAGACACAGCACUGCUUUACCCAACACAGAGACCCCAGUCCAAGGUGGGAGGCCCUCUAGGUCCGGAGGCCUGCUCCGGGGGCAGAGGCAGACGUCGGAGGGCCAACCUGGUGCCAGCUCUGGAUCUCAGAGCAGUGUCGGGUCGACGUCCUCUCAGAACCACAUAGGGCCUGUCAGCUCGGAGAAGACCACGUCGUAUCGCCGGACCAGCAGUGGAGGAGGCAGCCAGGGGAAAUGUGGCGUGUCGUCUCCGAGCUGCGUGGGCAGCCAGGAGGACCUGUACUGCAGCUUGGUGGGCCUCACCCCGGCUCCUGCUCCGGCUCCAGCCCCUUCAUCAUCCUCAUCAUCCUCAUCAUCAUCAUCACCAACCGUGACCUCUGCCCCUCGACGCCGCAGGAAUGCUAUGGUCUCAGGCAGCCGACCUCAUCACAAGCGUGUCACGGCUCUAGUGGACUGUCGAGCAGUCAGCGCCGAGCAGCUCGCCUUCUUCAAAGAUGAGGUCAUUGUGGUGACGGCCACCAAUGACCCCCACUGGUGGGUCGGUCACAUAGAGGGGGAACCAGCCAGGGCCGGGACCUUUCCUGUCAACUACGUACACAAACUGAAAGACUGAGGGACGUGGAAGCUUGAAAACAUUGUAUAGUAACUUACUAGAAGAACUGAACCAGAAUAGGAUGCUCGCCAGAACCCGCAGUGGAUUUAAUCCACAGGAGAGGACAGUGUUAUUCUCCUGGAUCCAACUCCAACCAAGGGACACCUGAGGAUUUAAAGGACUGUUUAAGGGAUUAUACAUUUUAAUAUGUUCUCAUUCUGGGAACUAAAAAGGGAACAUCAGGGUUUUACAGCCCCAUUAAGCCUUUUAUUCCAAUGACUUGCAGAAGUGCUUCCCCCCCCCCCCCCCCCCCCCGUUGGCCUAUGUGUUUCUACAGUCGUCUGAACCAUGAGCCACUACUAUUAGGUACAAACUCAUUUGUGGCUAGUGAAACUGCUCUAAUAUCCAUUUAACCUUUAAUUACACAGUAUACUGCAAGUGUUUUAAGAUGUCUAGGAUCGGUACCUACAGGCAAAUCUUAAGUAUAGGGCACAACCCUUUCAGGCACUUUAAACCCGGGGAGAAGAAAUCUUCUGAAGAGCUGGCAGAGCUGUUGGUGUUCACCAAGUCGGCUACUGAGCACGGAUAAAGCUGCUCUUUUGUUCUGGGCGGAAACUCGUCUCAUCCUCCACAUCACAGGAUACUGAGAGCUUGGACGUGCGGUUCAGACCUGCCCGGUGUGUGUUGCAGCCUGUCUGCCCCGGGACGCUAAAAGUGGCCUCGCCAGCCAGGCUCCAUACAGAACGCCAGCCGUCUGGGCAGCCCGGAGGAGAGCUCUGAAACUUUAGCUCGGCCAUCUUGACUGCGCCGGGGCACGGAGGAGGAGGAGGAGAGGGAGGAGGAGAAGGAGGAGGAGGUGGAGGAGGAGGAUCCAGUUUCUUCUGGCUCCAGCCAUCUGUCUCUCUGAAGGACCUGGGAUAACGUUGGUGUGUUAGGGGGGGGAAAGGAAAAAGGAAAAGACUCUGUGCUCUUCCAGGAGAUGGCACUUAGAGAGGGCUUGUUAGUAACUGCAUGUCCACUGAACACACAGUUACUUACUGUAGGCAUCACACCAGCCACACAAGCUCACUUGCACUUACUGUACACACACAUGAGCGUUGUUAGUUAGAGACCUUAAGGGAAGAAAGAAAAAGAAAAGGAGACGUGUAACUGCUCCAUUUUCUUUUUUUAACCAGUGACAUAUAUCCACAUGUAACAUUUCACUGCAGAUCUACACAUUGUGUUUGUACAUAUUUGUCUAAAAUGUUAACUGACGUGUACAGUGUAUAGCACAUGUUUUCUAAAAUGUUGUGCAUCAUAAACAGUUGUAUCGUUACAGUGUUA